AUGCGAGAAUUGAAAGAACGUCAAAAGAAGUUGGAUGAAAUCCAGCAGCAAAUGCAAAAAGUGUUUGACAAUAUAGUCACCGGAAAGCAGCAACUGCAACUGUCUUUUAGAAUGGACCAAGGGAACCAAGCAGUAGCGACAACAGGCGCUGUCGCAAAAACCUCUGCCUUGCCAAGAUCAGAAGAUGUAUCGCAAUCAAAACAAUUUUCGGAAGAAUCCCAACAAAGCCCACCACCACCAGGUUACAACAACACCGCAGUUGCAACUAUUUCACUUCCAUACAAUUAA